AUGGGGGUUAGUAGCUCUAUUACAUUGAAAGUGAUAUUGGUGUUGGCGGUGCUUGUUGUGGCGGUACAGCCUCCUCCUUGUGGCGCUGCAACUGACCGGCUAAGCACAAUACUCCGGUCGGCGGUAGACAAGGACGGAGAAGAUGAAAAUUCCGGAGGCACAAAAUGGGCGGUUCUUGUGGCCGGUUCAAAUGAAUACUGGAAUUACCGUCAUCAGUCGGAUGUUUGCCAUGCAUAUCAACUUCUGAAAAAGGGAGGGUUGAAGGAUGAAAAUAUAAUAGUUUUCAUGUACGAUGACAUUGCAAAUAAUGAAGAAAAUCCAAGAAAAGGAGUGAUAAUUAAUAGUCCAAAUGGUAGCGACGUGUAUGCUGGGGUGCCUAAGGACUACACGGGUGAAGAAGUGAACACGGACAAUUUUUUUGCAGUGCUUCUGGGAAACAAGAGCGCCGUCGUGGGUGGAAGUGGCAAAGUACUUAACACGAAAAACAAAGAUGUCAUCUUCAUUUAUUAUGCCGAUCAUGGAGCUCCUGGAUACGUUGCUAUGCCAUCCGGCUCAGAUCUUUAUGCCGAUCAAUUGAUUGCUGUUUUGAAGAAGAAACAUGAAGCUGGAACCUAUAAAAAGAUGGUUAUCUAUAUAGAAGCAUGCGAGAGUGGGAGUAUGUUUGAAGGAUUAUUGCCUGAUGAUUGGAACAUUUACGCAAUGACAGCAGCCAAUACAGAGGAGAGUAGUUGGGGUUGGUAUUGUCCUGGUGAAGAACCUGCACCCCCACCAGAAUACACCACGUGCUUGGGAGAUUUGUUCAGUAUUGCUUGGAUGGAGGAUAGUGAUUGUCACAACAGGAAGAAGGAGAGAAUCGAAGAGCAAUUCGAGAGGGUGAAGUACAGAACCUUUAACAAUGGAACAGAAAUGGGGUCUCACGUAAAGGAGUAUGGGAACAUGGAUAUAAGAAAGGACAAGCUUUCAAAGUACCAAGGAUAUGUUGCAGCUGAUUCUAAACACUGCUGGGUCCCUCCCACUAAUAAUGUUAAUGUUGCCACCAUGCCCAUGCCUGGGGGUGUUCAUCAAAGGGACGCUGAGCUUCUCUACCUCUGGGAGAAGUACAAGAGACUAGGAGACAAGUCGGAAAUGAAGGAGAAGGUCUUAAAGGAGAUAGGUGAGAAGAUGCAACUCAGAGCACAUAUAGAUGGGAGUGUUGCUGCAAUUGGAGAUUAUCUAUUUGGUACACAAAAAGCCCAUUCCAUUCUCAAAUCUGUCAGGAAAACCGGCCCUCUGGUUGAUGAUUGGGAAUGCCUCAGAUCAAUGGUGAAGAUAUUUGAGGAACACUGUGGGGCAUUGGGAGAAUAUGGAAGGAAGCACAUGAGAGCAUUUGCAAACAUUUGCAACAAUGCCAUCUCCUUAGCUGCCAUGGGGAAGGCCUCCAUGGCUGCUUGUGAUGGCCAUAGCGCUCAGUAAUCCCUUUUAAAUAUAAUAAUUACCCUUCAUAUGGAAUGGAAUAAUGAAAUGUAUAUGU